AUGGCUCCAUCUGCUAAGGCUUCUGCUGCUAAGAAAGCUGUUGUCAAGGGUACCAACGGUAAAAAGGCUUUGAAGAUUAGAACUUCUGCUACUUUCAGACUUCCAAAGACCUUAAAGUUGGCUAGAUCUCCAAAGUAUGCUACCAAGUCUGUUCCACAUUACAACAGAUUAGAUGCUUACAAGGUUAUUGAACAACCAAUUAACUCUGAAACCGCUAUGAAAUUAGUUGAAGAUGGUAACACUUUAGUUUUUCAAGUCUCCUUGAAAGCUAACAAAUACCAAAUCAAGAAGGCCGUUAAGGAAUUAUAUGAAGUUGAUGUCAAAUCCGUUAACACUUUAAUCAGACCAAACGGUACCAAGAAGGCUUACGUCAGAUUAACUGCUGACUACGAUGCUUUAGACAUUGCUAACAGAAUCGGUUACAUCUAA